AUGACUAACGAUAACGAUGAUGCGUCAAGCAUCACCAACACGUCAGCGGGAAGAAUCAGACUUUUAGGAACUUUUGCUGGUAUCGGUAGUAAUUGUAAUAACAUGAUUGGUGCUGGAAUAUUCUCAUGUCCCGGUCUAGUUUUAAGUGAAAUUCAGUCUCCCGGGAUAGCAUUAAUUUUAUGGGCAGUGGGUGGAAUUGCCGCUUUAUUUGGAUCACUCUCUUACCUGGGGAGUUCUAUACCAGAAGGAGGCGGAGAAACUGUAUAUUUGAAACGAGCAUUUCCUCACCCACCCGCACUUUUAAGCUAUAUGUUUAGCUUUUCCACCAUUGUGGCUAUUCGGCCAGCUUCAAUGUGCGCCAUUGCAAAUGUUUUCGCGCAAUAUUUCUUAUAUACAAUUAAAGCAACAGAGCGUUGUGACAUUGAUUAUUUGCAUCCAACGCAAUAUAUUACUGAUUGGAAAUUUUGGCAGUUACGACUUUGUUCGCUAACUGCGGUAUUUAUAGUUACAAUCUAUCACAUUCUAUCCAACAAAUGGGCAAAUCGUAUAAACCAAACCCUUACAAUCAUUAAGAUGCUGGUACUGCUUAUAAUAUCGAUUAUUGGAAUAGCAACAAUUCCUCGGUUUAUUAACGACGAAAACACGAAUUGGAAAAAUAUGUUUCCUAGUGUGAAUAUUAGUGCACGCUCUUUGACUGCUGCGCUUAUUCCCAUUUUAUUUGCAUAUAAUGGCUGGAAUAAUUUGAAUUAUACGUUGGAUGAAUUCGUCAAUCCAAAGGAAAAAUUAUUCAUGUCUAAUAGUAUUAGUGUUGAUCUUUGUGCUAAUAUCGCAUAUACGAAUGUGCCAUUAGCCAAACUAACGGGUAAAAGUGAACCAUCAGAAAUUAUUGCUGGUCGGUUCGCCUUCCAAGUUGGUGGCUUUAAUUUGGCUCGUGCACUAUCAUUUUUCAUCUGUUUAUCAGCUUUUGGAGCAUUGGCCGCGAACACAUGGGCGGGAUCGCGAGUAAUUGUAGCCUCCGCUAAAAAUAAUUAUAUUCCUUUCUCGCAAUGGCUCAGAAAAUGGAAUAAAACUACACAUACUCCGAUUUUUGCAUUGAUAACACAAGCAGUUUGGUGUUCAUUGAUUAUUAUCAUUUACCCACAAAAUGAUCCAUUUAAAUUCUUUAUUAAUUUGGGUCAGCAUUGCAUGUGGGUAUUUCUAUUUCUGAGUGCUUUGGGAUUAUUGUUUCUUCGUCAUUAUAAUCCCGAUCUAGAGCGUCCAUUUAGAGUGUUUCUCUUAAUACCCAUAAUAUUUAUAGUAUUCGCACUAUUUAUCAUAAUUGGGUCUUUCGUAAAUGAUGCAUCAAAAAUUCAUGCAACGGCACAAGAGCAACAACUAAAACAACAUAACGGCGACAAACUGUGUGAAAGCGAUAAAGACUACAAAUACGCUACAUUUGAUUAUUAUCUUCCUUUUGUCGUCAGUUUGGUUGUAAUAGGAGUUGGUGCAACUUGCUGGUACGUUUUGUACUCGUUAGGUUGUCAACUUCGAUUCAAAACAAGAAGAGUAUCCUGUCUACAUAUAGAUGAUGCAUCAUCAUGUAUGUCGUGGGAUGAUGAUGAGGAAUUGCAAGUUAAGAUUAAGCGGAUGUCACUAAGACAAAUGUCUAGGGAUUCUUAA